UGCCCAGAGCAGGGGAGCAGAGACUGAGAAAGCCCGGCUAGAUCCGCUCGGAGAGAGCCCCGGGCAGGGACAGGGGCAGAGACACCUCCAGGAGGUACAGACUCUGGGAGGCGAAGAUCCCCGGGAGAUAUCUUCCCCCAGGCAGACAGCGCCGCCCAGAGAGUGAGAGGAGGACAGCAAAGGACAACGCCCCCAAGGUCGCCUUGGAGACCCGGAGCGGCCCAGGGGGCGGUCGGGUCGUGUCCGGGCCAGGACGACCUCUCCCUGGUUGGGGGCGAUGGGGACACCAGUCCUGCUGGGCCUCCUCCUCUUUCUCCCGCUGCUGCAGCCGCGCAGAGCCUGGGCGGGAAGCCUGAACAGUCCAGGUCUGUCCGAGUGCUUCCAGGUGAAUGGCGCCGACUACCGUGGCCACCAGAACCACACGGGCCCGCGCGGGACAGGACGCCCGUGUCUCUUCUGGAACCAGACGCAGCAGCACAGUUACAGCAGCGCCAGUGACCCCCAGGGCCGCUGGGGGCUGGGCUCGCACAACUUCUGCCGGAACCCAGAUGGUGAUGUGCAACCAUGGUGCUACGUGGCUGAGACAGAGGAGGGCAUCUACUGGCGCUACUGUGACAUCCCCACGUGUCACAUGCCUGGCUAUUUGGGGUGCUUUGUGGACUCUGGCACACCCCCAGCUCUCAGCGGCCCCAGUGGCACCUCCACGAAGCUCACGGUCCAGGUGUGCCUUCGUUUCUGUCGCAUGAAGGGCUACCAGCUGGCUGGUGUGGAGGCUGGUUAUGCCUGCUUCUGUGGCUCUGAAAGCGACUUGGCACGGGGACGCGGGGCACCCGCCACUGACUGUGACCAGAUCUGUUUCGGCCAUCCGGGGCAGCUGUGUGGUGGCGACGGGCGGCUAGGCAUCUAUGAAGUGUCUGUGGGUUCCUGCCAGGGAAACUGGACAGCGCCUCAGGGUGUCAUUUACUCCCCGGACUUUCCGGACGAGUAUGGGCCAGAUCGGAACUGCAGCUGGGUGGUAGGCCCAUCGGGUGUGGCGCUGGAGCUCACCUUCCGCCUUUUUGAGCUGGCGGACCCACGCGACCGCCUGGAGCUGCGCGAGGUCCCCUCAGGGAGCCUGCUACUCGUCUUCCACGGAACCCGCCCGCCGCCCGCCGGGCCGCUGCGCCUGAGGGUCGCUGCGCUCCUGCUCACCUUCCGCAGCGAUGCGCGUGGCCACGCGCAGGGCUUCGCACUCACCUACCGCGGGCUGCAGAAUGUAGUCGAGGACCGCGUGCAGCCCAAGGGAUCUGCCCAGACCCCCGCGGAGAUUCCUGGCGGGGCCAAUUCGAGCUGCAGCCCCAGGCCUGUGACCCUACAGGCUGCAAUGGGGGCCCGGGUCUUCUCGUCGGUGACAGUUGUCUCUGUGCUGCUCUUCCUGCUCCUGUCGCUGCUGCGUCUCCUGCGCCGACGGAACUGUCUCCUGGCUCCAGGAAAAGGGCCACCAGCGUUGGAACCUUCCAGGGGCACUGGGAGAAGCUGGGCUGUAUGGUACCACAGGCCCAGAGGGAUGGCCCUGCCCUGUCCUACCGGAGAUCCCCAGGCUGAAGGUCCUGCCGAGGGCUACCGGCCCCUGAGUGCCUCCAGCCAGAGUUCCCUGCGGUCACUCAUCUCUGCUCUCUGACUGUGACUCACAGGGUCUGUAGGACAUGAGACCUUGUGCCACUGAGAUGGACACCUGAGACAUUACACUGCACCCCACCUCGGUCUUCCACCCUUCAAAGGAAGAUCAGCCUCUGGUCCUCGUGGGGAGACCAGAAAUUGGACAGGAAGCAUCUAGUGCUAUGGUGGGAACUUGGCCUGACCCUCAGGGUCCAGGUGAUCUAGGCCAAAGGACAAGAAAAAUCCAGGUUCCCAACCCAUGGACCUUGAUAUGGGGGUGGUCUCUGGUUUCAGUGGUCUUUGAGCCCCUCUUGUGGUGAUCCUGGACUGCUGCCCUCAGUGAGAGGUCAGUGGUCAACAAAAGUGGUCAAAAGAUCCACCCUAAACUUUAAAUAGAAGGCCUAUUUUGGUACAGGCCUCAAAAAUUCUUACAUGGAGGGAGCGGCUAUGUUAGUGAGAUACAGCAGCAGAGGAUUGACUGUAUUCAUGCAAAUGAAAGGCGUUUCACACAGUGAA